CGGAACAGGUGUCGCCUCUCCACUUCCGUGCCUGUUUUAAAAUUUAAUUCAAACUCUCUCGUUUUCUUUGUGAAAUGUAUCUUAAACGUCGUGUUAGAGAGAGAUAGGUGAUUUUUUUUUUUUCCAAAUGGGUCCUUGUCCCUGAUUUUUUUAUCGAUCAGCUGUUGUGAAGGCAACCAUGGCUCAGGAUUUCUUCAGACAAGUCGGCCGGAGGAGUGAAAAUGCUUUUGCCCUCGACCAAGAUGCAGGCGACGACGGUGCGGACUCGGACAGCGUUUUCAACGUGACGAGACUGCAGGGCACCUCGCAGGAAGACUCCAAGCCCACGACCACCGACGUCCAGCUAUUUAACGACAUUCUCCCCAAGAACGGACCUGUGGAGCCGGGUCAGGCGUCGGUUGGAUCGGCGGACAAGAGCACCGCCCCGACCCCAUCUCCGUGUUUGGAUGACUUGUACUGGAUGUUACCUGGCGCCGUUCAGGUGUGAGUGGGCGGUUGGGAGUAGCUUUACGGGGGGGGGGGGGUAAUGACAAGGUACAGGGGAAAUUUAUUAUUCGUUAGGGCACUGAGGUGGUUAUAUGAGGUUGAAUGUUUUUGCAGCAUGUGAUUUUAGGCGAUUAUGUAUACCUGUCUUUAUCAAUCGCACUGUCGUUUUUUUAACGUGCAUAAUAUCAUAUCUGUGGUAAAAAAAAAAAAAAAAAAAAAAAUACUUUGUGUUUAUUUAAUAAUGGGUUUUCCACCAUUUUAUCAACACGGUAGAGUGGUUUGUCAUUCCUUUUAGUCUUUGCAGUAUUGUUGAUAUAUCUCUUUCAUUUUGUAAAAGGAGGCAAUCUUCAUGUAAUAUCUGUACGUGUGCCUUAAUGAUAUUUGUGUAACCACCUUGUAACACUUUUUAUUUACUUUGCUGGAGAAAGUAAAAGUAACCGUUUACAUUUCUUAGAGCAAAGGGCUCACUCCCGAUGAGUAUGCAUGUUAUACAUGUAGCGAUGAAUGAGGAGGUAUAAGCAUUGUGACCUUAGAGAAAUAUGAUAAUUCAGCACAGCACAGCCACCUCAACAACAUGGUUUAUAGUGGUUUCGACAAAUUGAUUAUGCAUACGUACACACACAUAUACAUACAUGUGUGUAUUCAUUCACUGAUACCAGAUAUUAAGGAAAAAAUGUCUGCGGUUGGUAAUUCAGCUUUGUUGUUAAAGGCGUUUAGCGCUGAUUGUUGUUUUUUAUUUAUAUAUCAUACAUUUUUUAGUUAUGAUUUUUUUUUACAUUGUUCGGGUCUCCUAUUCUCUUUAAAAACCUUGAACUCAUUUGGUAAGAUCAUUUAUAUUCGUGUAAUUUUUUUUUUCAUUGUUCAUUGCGUUGCAUACUUUGGUUCAUCUGCAGUACAUCCCAUGUUCUUGCAUGUCUUAUGAAAAAAUAUGAAGUUUAAUAACAUUCUUUUUUCCAGAUAUGUUUUAUCAUUAUAGGAUUCUACUCAUUCUUAAUUAAUAUCUAGUUUUCUGUUAUAAUAUACUUGUUAUGUUGUAUAUAUAUCAUUCAGUUAUAAAGACGCAUAUUAUUACAUUGCUAUUAUAGGCAAUGUGCAAUAGGAUGAGGUACAAAAACAAUAGCUGUGAUAUAUACUUAUGUUGAAACCAU